AUGACCGGCCGUUCGACUCGCGGCUAUGUUGCUCUGGACGAGGAGAGCAAUAGGCUGGUUUACCUGAAGGACUGCUGGCGCGUUGAUAUGCGAGACAUGCUGACAGAGGGACAGGUCCUGAGAAGACUGAAUCUUAACGCUGUGGACCAUGUUCCGACCUUGGUAUGCGACGGGGACGUAGGCGAACAACGCACCGCCACUCAGAAUUACCCGUCUAAAGACUCAGCACCACUGAGGGCCCAUAGACAUUACCGAGUCGUUGUGGAGGAGAUUGGUAGUCCUCUGGACGAAUUCAAAAAUGCAAGAGAGUUGAUCGAGAUUGUAUAUCACUGUCUGCUAGGU